GGCAUAUAUAUAGAAUUUUUCUUUAACGGUUACUUUUGUGGCUGGCAAGGAGAGAAAGGACACUGAUCAGUGACGACCCCUUUGGUUGCUGCUACUGAAAUGGAUUACAACAAUGACAAGGACCCAUGGAAUUGGCAUGGGAAGGAUUAUUGUCUCGAAAAGACUUCCAAUUUUGACAUUUCACCAGCGUUGUGGAAUGAAGUUCCUCAAAAUGAAGAGUUUACCUACGUGUUCCAUGAUGAAACAACCCCAGUGAAGGCUUGUGGAGAUUUUGCAUACAAUGUUAAUAAUAAUGAAUCAAAUAAUAUCCAAAAGGAACCAGAGAAAUGUUGGGAGACUUCUUCACAAGUCAAGAGACGGCGUAUGCUACGAUUCAAUACACGAGAUGGGGAUCAUUUCCUUUCAAAUGAACAGAUGUCAUCAGCAUAUUUGAAAUUAAAUGGGGAGGAGGACUCAAAUGAGGAUGUUUUUCAAGAAAUGUCACAAUGGGUGUCUGGUGCAUCAGGAAGUGAAUCUGCUUCCAAUUUUGAGGACCUCGCGGUAGCUGAAGGGUGGCUUGCAGAUUGCUUUAAUGAUGCUGAAAUGCAAUUCUGUCCUGAGGAUAUGAAUUUUUCUGGGGCAGAUGAUGUUCAUAUUGAUGUUGCAGAGCUGUGCAACUUCUCACCAGCGUAUGAACAAAAUGGGGUUCAGCAUCAAGUUACUCAAACCCCCAGAAAUAUUAUCUUCAAAGGUCGGAAAUCUCUUAUAACAACUCCUACAAAGUUGGCUGCUUCUGUGGCCUAUCCGUUUACCUUCAUUAAACCCAGCGGCACAGGUGGAGAUGUCACCCUGGAGGAAAUAAACCAGCGCAUUCAGUCUCCAGCUCCUUCGAAAUCGAAGCAAAUCAGGGAAGAUCCAUCAGCAUACCCCAAAUCAGCCUUUUCAGGGAAGCCUGUAGUUGGAAAAACAAAAAUCCGCACUGAAGGUGGAAAAGGUAGCAUCACAAUUAUGAGAACUAAAGGCUAGGUAAAGGUAAGUUGUUCAGUAUAAUUGUCUCACCCCAUUAACUUGUGGGGUUGACUUCAUUCUGUAAAAUAUCUGGCAGAUUAUAGUUGAUACUGCAACUUUGGUUUUCUAUUAACUUUCAUAAGUGAUAAGUUACACCACCUUAGUGUUUAUAUUCUAAUGGGGGCCUUGGUAGAUGUUUUUGUUUGAGCUAAGUAUUGAAUGAGAAUACUGAUAUCAGUCUCCCCAGAACCUUUGCUUAUGAAAUGACAAGUUUUUGUAAUUGAAUCAAACAGAUUUUAGUUUUAUGCCUUUCU